AUGGGUAAGUCAAUUUUUUCUGAAAUUUUUUAGAACGUUUGUAUUAUAACAUCACAGUAAUUUUGAACUAUUGUAGUUGGGUUUGUAGUUAAUUUUAAGGACUUGGAAACUAUUCUGUUGUUCAGUCAAUAGAAAACUUUAGGUCACAAUUUUAGAAAUAACAACAUCACAGUAAACUUAUGAUUUCUGACAUUUGUGAAAAAAAUAUUUAUAAACUAACAAGAAUUCUGAAAGUUAUCAACUUUUACCAAUUUCUAAACUUCAAUUCCAGUUCGAAGUGAAAUUGCAACAGUUGACUGCGAAGUUUGUGGUGAUAAAUCAUAUGGUAGACACUACGGUAUUUGGGCUUGUGAUGGCUGUAGUUGUUUUUUCAAACGAAGUGUUCGAAAUAGAAUAACCUACAAGUGUAUUGGUAAGAUUUCCUUUAUUAACUUCUCCAAAAUUUGUUUCCCCAAAUAUUUAUUUAUUUAGGAACUGGUGAUUGUAUAAUCGAUAAAACCCGGCGAAAUUGGUGUCCAGCUUGUCGUUUGUCAAAAUGCACAAAACUGAAUAUGAAUCGACAAGCGGUUCAAAAUGAAAGAGGACCGCGGAAGAAUUUGCGAUUCAAAAGAGAACAUCGGAAAAUAUCGCCAUCAACGAGUUGUAGUGAAAAUGAAGAUAUACCGAAUUGUGAGUUUGAGAAAACCUAAGUAAAUUAAAAUUAAGAAAUUAUUUCAGAUGAGAUUCUAUUCACCGCAACACUUUUGAUACUUUCUCAAUCAAAUCUGCUAUGUUUUUCAUCGAAAAAACAGCGUAAAGAGAUUAUGGAAAAACAUGUGCACGAGGUUUUUGCAUUUAUGAUUGCAAUUAGUGAUGAGACAGUGCUACGUGGACUUAUCGUAAGUAGAAUAUCGAAAAUCGAGAAAUCAUGACAGGGUAGAAAAAGCUAUGCCGUGUCAUAAAAAUUUUGAUUUCAAAUAGUGCAACUUUUAGAUAAUGGGAGAUGGAAAAAAAAAACUAAACUCAGAGUCUCGAAAUUCAAAAAUCGGUGUUCAGAAAUUUGGAAAACAUUUUGAAUCAAAAAUAUACUCCAAACAAAUCUUGAACUUUCCAGCCCGAACUAAACUUAUUAAAAAUCGACGAUCGAAUCGAUGCGGAACAAUUGAGAAUAUCAGUCUGCAUACUUUUAUCAAGUUCAGGUAACUUUUCUGAAAUUUUGAAUUAUGGCACUAAUAAGAUUCAAAUUCUCAAAGAUUCCGCCCAUCUUCAAUUCGCAUCACCUCUGAUAAAAAUCUACGAAUUCUGGCUACUCCGACAUUGCAUUUUAAACAAUUCCAUAGAAAUCGGUCAAAAAUUAAUCGCAAUGAUAAAUACAAUUAGAAGGCAUAAUAAUUGGAAUCUAUCAAGUGUUAUUCGAAAAUCUCCGAAACUUUUGAUCGAUACUUUUUGUGAUAUGAUUUUUAAUGAGCAAGAUAAUGAAUAA